AUGGCAGAGCCAGGUUAUUAUCACAGUGAUUAUAUUCGACACCCGGUUCUCUAUGAACUAGGUAUCAAAUAUGGAAUUAAGACGGAAUGUAUUCCAGAAAUAGCUUUGCCGUCUAAGUUAGAGGAGCUCAAGGAUGUCAUACGUAGAGAAAUACGUAAAGAGUUGAAAAUUAAAGAAGGAGCUGAGAAACUGCGUGAAGUUGCAACUGAUCGAAGAUCCCUAUCGGAUGUAGCUAACAUUGUAAAAAAAGCUAAUUUAAAACUUAAUGAACUCAAAUCUGAUCUGCAAGAAUUAGAGUCUCAAUUGCUUUUAUCUCGUGGUCAGUCGACACCAACAUCUCCCGAGGAUUUAUCUUAUGAUGAAGAAAUUAUAUUGGCUUCUGAAGCAGCACAGCAACAGCGGCAAUUAGGUGAAGGAACUGCAGACCGCAAAUUGGCAUCACUUGAAAAGCAGCUAAAUAUUGAACUCAAGGUGAAACAAGGUGCUGAAAACAUGAUCCAGAGUAUAAGUAGCAGUAAUCAAUCACGAGACAAAAAGCUUCUUGCAGAAGCGCAUCAAAUGCUUGCAGAUUCUAAAGACAAAAUUGAAUACCUUAAAUUACGCAUAUCGAAAAUGUGUAAGCAGCAAAAAGAGGAUAAUGCUGGUGCAAAUGGUGAUGGUCGAACUUCAGACAUGAGUGGUAUUGAUCCAUUAUUAGAUGAAAGGAUAGCAGAGCUUAGGAAUCGAUUACGCAUAGAAGCAGCUGUUGUAGAAGGUUCCAAAAAUGCCAUCCGAUUAUUACAAAGUGACAAAAAGGUAACAGAUAAAAAAGCAUUGCAUGAAGCACAGACAAGUCUCUUGGAGUCCACACAAAAACUAGAUCUGCUACGCUUAUCCUUAGAUAUGCGACGUCAAGAGCUUCCUGUAGAGUGUCCUGCAUUUAUAGAACUUGGGCAUGAAUUACGCAGUACGGGUUCUAGUCCAGGCUAUGUUAGUUUGUCUUGGGGUACAGGUUCAAGAGCUCAGUUUAUGUCUCCAACUCCAAUGAUUAGUCCAUGUGUGCAAGUCACAGGUACCCUUGAGGUUAGACUUAUGGGUUGCCAAGACCUCUUAGAGGAAGUUCCUGGCCGUAGCCGACGUGAUCCCUUAGCUAGUCCUUCAGAUUUAAAAUCUUUUGUGAAGGGUGUAACAAUCCGCAAUUCUAUGAAGUACACUUAUAGCAUCAAAGAAGAUACAAGUAAUGAAAUCAUGGCUGUUUUAAAAUUAGACAAUCAUACAGUGGCCCAGACAAGUUGGAGGCCAUGUUCCCAACAAGCAUGGGAUCAGAGAUUUACAAUCAAGCUUGAUAAAUCACGGGAACUUGAAAUUGGUGUCCACUGGAAAGAUUGGCGGGGAUUGUGUGGAGUAAAAUUUUUAAGACUGGAAGAGUUUAUUGAUGAUAUCAGACACGGCAUGGCCUUGGAGCUUGAACCGAAAGGUCUUUUAUUUGCAGAAAUUAAGUUUUUAAAUCCUAUUAUCUCAAGAAAACCCAAGCUCCAGCGACAAAGAAAAAUAAUAAAACAACAGGGCAAAAAUAUUCCUCGACCUCCAUAUGGUGAAAUGCAUAUUCCAGCUGUUAUACUUGGACGGCUUUUAAAACGUUCUUCACCAUCAAUUCAAAACAUCCAAACAGCCCAUAUUACUCAGCAACAGCAACACAUUUAUGAACCAUCCAUCAUUGAUAAUAAAGAGGUUGAAAAUCCAAAUGCUACUCUAGUGGGCAUGGCAGGGGUUAGACCCCUUGGCUUACCUGCUACUCCAGCUCCAGCACAAGUGCCUGUUAGUCCUCCGCCGAAACCAAACCUGCCUUUACAUCCUCCUCCAAAUGUAUCUACGCUUAGGAUGGAAAGGGAGCUACAAGAAGCUUUUGCCUUUUUAGAAGAUUCUUAUACCAGAGACAAUUAUACUCCAAAAGAUCCCCAAACACCAUCAUGUAACACACCAUUAGUAGAAUAUCCACCAUCACCAUCUCCAAAACUGGUAUUGGAAUACCCUAGUAAUGAGGAUCAGAUUGUUGAAAUAACUAGUAAUAUGCGAUUAUCAUCAUCUCGCUCAUCUUCAGUUAUAGAAACAUUAGGAACUUUCUGUGGCACUCCAGAAUUUCUAGCUCCAGAGGUAUUGACAGAGACAUCUUACACAAGGGCUGUAGAUUGGUGGGGAUUAGGUGUUUUGAUAUUUGAAAUGUUAGUGGGUGAGUCACCAUUCCCUGGUGAAGAUGAGGGUGAGGUGUUUGACUCUAUUGUUAAUGAUGAAAUACGAUAUCCGAGGACUUUAUCAUUAGAAGCUAUAGCCCUUAUGCGCCGCCUAUUGAGAAAAAACCCUGAAAGACGCUUAGGAUCAUCUGAAAGGGAUGCAGAAGAUGUGAAAAAACAGGCAUUCUUCCGUAAUGUUAAUUGGGAGCAGCUUCUACUCCGAAAAGUAAAGCCACCAUUUGUGCCAACAAUAAACAAUCUAGAAGAUGUUAGUAAUUUUGACAGUGAGUUUACCUCAGAAGCUCCGGUACUUACCCCACCAAAGGAACCGCGCCCUCUGAGUGCUACAGAUCAUAAAUUGUUUCAAGACUUUACAUACAUGGCAGACUGGUGC